UUUUUUUCUUCUUCUGUUCUUUUCUUUCUUUUUUUCUUUUCUGGGGUUAUUAUGUCUACAAGAUAUGCUAGAACAGCUGAUAAAGCAUUAAAUGACAAACAUACUUCCAUUUUUAAUAUUUUAUUACAAGAUGACGACAAUAAAUUCUGUGCCGAUUGUAAACGAAAAGAUCCUCGAUGGGCAUCGUGGAAUCUUGGUAUCUUUAUUUGUAUUCGUUGUUCAGGUGUUCACCGUUCAUUGGGCGUUCAUAUAAGCAAAGUAAAAUCGGUUGAUUUGGAUACUUGGUUACCAGAUCAAGUAGAAUCUAUGCAGAAAUGGGGUAAUCUUCGUGCAAAUAGUUAUUGGGAAGCUCGUAUGAUGAAUCAACAAGGAAUGAAAGAUAUCAAUAAUAUGGACUCAUGGAUCAGAAUGAAAUAUGAACAAAAACAAUGGGUUUUGACCGAAAUCGUACCUGAUCCAGCAACUAUACCCAUCAUCAAGCACAAUCUUGAUGUGAACAAAACUAGUUCUACUGUUUCAACAAAACCACCAAUCAUUACCGAACAUCAGAAUACCAUAAUACAAGUAUCAAAAUCGUCAAUAGAAUCUCCCAAUGUAUCAUCAAAUAAAUCCGACACCAGUUAUUCCAAUAAUCUCGCUAGUUUUCAACAACAACUUUUUGGUCUGACAAAAGGCUUACCAUCUUCUGGAAUCAUUCCACCUGCUCCUCCUACAUAUCAAAACACUUGGAUACAAGACAUGACCUCUUCCUCUUCCAAAUAAUUCCCACUAAAGUAGUUAGUAUCAUAUCAAUAUUUUUACCGUUGUAGUAAUAAUCUAGAAUAUAUCCAUAACUUGUUUAUUUGUUAGUUACUCUUCGUUUCUCCUCACAUUUUAUUAAUUUAAUACUAUAAUAAAACAACAUCAUUUGAUCCAACU